AUGGACAACUUUUACGGCAGCUGGACCCAGGAGUCGUGCGACAAUGUCGACGCUUUUCUGAAUGCCCUCAAAAUUGGCUUCGUGCUGCGCACUGCUGCCAAAACUCAGACUCCCACUGUCGAGUUUUCCGUUGAAGGUGAUGAGAUUACCAUGAAGACCAUCACCACCUUCAAGACCGACGAGGUCAAGUUUGAGCUUGGCAAGGAGUUUCCCGAGAAGAGACUGGAUGGUGUGCUGGUCCAGACCACUGCAGUCAUUCAGAAUGGCGCCUUGGUGUUCCACAAGGAGGGCGACAAGCCUUACACUGUCACCUUUGCCAUUGAGGAUGGCAAGUUGAAGGCUACUUAUGCCAUUGGAAAUGUUGUUGCUACUCGCAUUUUGAAGAAGAACUAA